CUCAGCACGAGUUAAGUUGUUGAUAGCGAUUUGAAAACUUUGUCUCAGUGAAAAAAUGGAAUUAACUCGUGAAAAUUUUCGUGCGAUGAUCUAUUACGCCUUUCGACGUGGAUUAUCAAGGCAGGCUUAUCCGGAAUACCAACAACGUAGCGAAAAGACAAGGGAAUCACAAAUAACAACAAUAGGACCAACGGACAACUUUAAUGACAUACCCUCAUAGAUAACCAACUGAUCAGGAUGUCUUUAAUAUCCAUAGUUAUUUUUCUCUUUUCGGCAAGCUUGUGUUCAGCUUUACUUAAAGGACCAAAUGUUUGCACUCGCCAAGAAACGGUGAUAGUACCAAGCAGACCGUCAGACCGCUCA